AAACCACUAAGCUUAAAGCACAUAAACACAUAAAGACCUACAUAUCAUACAGGGUGGGCAACAUGGGCGACCUGAAGCUAAGGUGUGAGCUGGUGAAUGGGCAGAUGAAAGGCCUGAGGGUGAACUCCUCUGGGGUAAAGGGUCUGAUUCGACAGUCUCUGGAGGCUAAGAAGUUUGCUUACUGCCCCUACAGCAAGUUUAGAGUCGGGGCCGCCCUGCUGACCCGUGAUGGGACGGUAUUUACAGGUUGUAAUGUAGAAAACGCCUGUUAUAACCUGGGAAUCUGUGCCGAGCGGACUGCCAUCUCCAAGGCUGUAUCAGAAGGCUACAGAGACUUUAAAGCCAUCGCGAUAGCCAGUGAUUUGUGUGAGCAGUUCAUCUCACCCUGUGGAGGCUGUAGGCAGUUCAUGAGAGAAUUUGGUGCCACCUGGGAUGUGUAUUUAUCCAAACCGGACGGUUCCUAUGUGGAGAUGACGGUCGAGGAGCUGCUGCCCGGAUCUUUCGGCCCAGACGACCUAAAGAUGAAGCAGGUGCAUUCCAUUCCUAAUGAAUAUUAAUGACGAGAGGAGGAAGACGAGAGGACAGAAGAUAAAACGGCAAGAGAAGAGCAUCUUAGACUUUGUUCAGACUGACAGUCCAAAUCUUAGUGCUAAGAACCUUUUGGGAAAUGCGCCACUGAAUUUUGUCAUAAAGCUCUGAAAAUAAUAAGAGAGCACUUUAGUUUCUGAAUCAGUUUCUCUGAUGUUGCUAUUUAUAGGUAUAUGUUUGAGUAAAAUACACAUGGUUGUUUUAUUCUAUAAACUACAGACAAUCACAGGCGGUUCUUUAAUUAGGCAAACCUAGGCAUUUGCCUAGGGCCUCGACCAAAUCUGUCCUCCAUAGGGGCCCCCAAAUCUGACCAUCCCAGCUACAGUAAAUAAACCAAAAACAAUGUUAAUUUGUUACUUAUGUAAAGUAAAAAAACAUAUUUCUAUUAAACAAACAACAGAAAUAUCAGUAGAAUACCGAAUUUAUGUCUAAAUACUAAUUGUCCAAACACACAUACCCCCCUCCGUUGCUUGCAUUGAACUAGUUCAUAAUAUGAUGACGUAGCAAUGUGCCACACGACGUGUUUCCUCUAAUUACAUCCACGCCAAAGCAAACACUGGUAAUUUACACUGAUAGUAAAUGAACACAAGAGUGUUACUGACUAAAAUAAACGCUUUUUAGAAUAGAUAUAAGUUAUGUGUAAAUAUUUAUAAGACAAUACCUGACAAAAUCUGUUUUAAUGACGUUAAUAAACAUCACUGUGACAGCGCUAGUCGCAGUUUCACCGCAGCAAAGGACGAGGACGUGAAUCACUUAUCUAACCAGCCUGUACUGAUUUCUUCCCCCAAUAACCCUUUCAAUAACCUCCAACAGCCUUUAAUAGUCUUCAGUAGCCUUGCAGCCGUGGUGUGUUCACUAAACUCCGUAGUUAUAAACAUCCUGAGGUUAGCAGCGCGCUAACUGACCUGUUUAUAAUGUAAUCCCAGCAGUGACUCCGCGACGGCUGCUCUAAACUGCUGCUGUUAGCUGCCUGGGCUGAAAGAUGAACUGUAGAGAGCUGUAUUAUCCGGUUAGUGGGGUUAAACCCUUAAGAAAACUGUAAAAAAACGCUCCAGACUGGCUGAGCUGAGCCCUGUAGCCCGUGGCUGGGCUGAAGCUCUGACUGAGUAAAGACAGCGGGGUUGUGCUGCUGCUGCAGCGCCGACUAGUGGUUCGAUGAGGAACUGCAGCUUCCUGUGAGCGAACAGUUUCACCUAUAGACUGUGUAAAGCUGGACAGAGCAUCGUCUCUCAAAAGUGAAGCCACCACAGGUCGGGCACCCCCUGCUGUUCGGUUGCAGAAAGCUGUGUAACCCCACCCAUCCCCAUAGGUUUCAAUGGCAAAACAGACAACUUUUAAUCAGGUUUUUUUCUAAUAUACUGUAAUUCAACCUCCAUUAUUUAAAUGCAACAGCUAGUGUAACCUCUGCUUAUAUUGUCAAAACAGUCUCUGGUUUCACCGGUUUCACCAGUUUCAUCCACACACAGCUCUGAUAAACUGCUUAACCCUAAACUCCUGAAUCAGAUCAGCUAAAAUCAGAAGAAUAUCUGCCGAUCGCCUAUACCGUAUUUUGGCUGAAAAUCGGCCGAUACCGAUACACUGCCGAUCGAUCGUUCCAUCUCUAGUUAUUUGGUUUAUGUGUGUGUUUAAAGAAUGAGGGCCCCAAAAUGGCUAGAUCCGCCCCUGCAGACAACAUUUCUCCCAAAUUCUUGGCAUUUAAAGCAUUUAUUUGCAGAAAAUGAGAAAUGGCUGAAAUAAUAAAAAAGAUGCAGAGCUUUUAGACUUCAAAUAAUGCAAAGAAUACAAGUUCAUAUUCAUAAAGUUUUAAGAGUUCAGAAAUCAAUAUUUGGUGGAAUAACCCUGUUUUUUAUUCACAGUUUUCGUGCGUCUUGGCUUGUUCUCCUCCACCAGUCUUACACACUGCUUUUGAAUAACUUUAUGCCACUCCUGGGGCAAAAAUUCAAGCAGUUCCGUUUGGUUUGAUGGCUUGUGAUCAUCCAUCUUCCUCUUGAUUAUAUACCAGAGGUUUACAAUUUGGUACAUUUGAAAGAAACUCAUUAUUUUUAAGUGUUCUCUUAUUUUUUUCCAGAGCUGUAUUCUAGAUUGUAUCCGGAAUAAUUGUGGACAGUCAAAAACCAUAUCAAAUCUUAUUUUUGUCAUAUCUAGAUUGUAUCCAAGCAAAUAAAUUCUGGAUGCUCAAGUCAGAUUGUGCAGGAGUCUAAAAAGAGCGUCAAGUUACUGCCGUGAUGUCAGGACACACAAAUCUGAUCAGAUCACUAGCAAAUAAUAGUGUGGACCAUCUAAUCCUCAGCAGAUCUAAUCCGAUUUGCCUGCAGUCUGAACACAGCCGAACUGGUGCAAGUGAAACUGUGCAACAGUACAAAUGGCACCAAGCAAAUGUGACUACAUUUGUACAUUUUAAAUUAACCCUUUAUUUAGCAAAUUAUUAAUUUACACUAGUUAAGACAUUAUUAGUCAUUAAAAUGUUUAACUAAUGUCUUAAUUCAAUAUUCUUUGCAACAUUCUAAAACAUUACAGUUUAGUCAAGAGUAAUAUAAAUGUCUUAACUAAUGUAAAUAAUUAACAAUUAUUUAAGACACUAUUUAACCUUUUAUCAAUGUUUAUUACUGUCAUAAGUACUGUUACUUGAUGUACUAAUAUUGUAAAGUGUAAAUACCAUCUUAUACUGUAAGUAAAUCUGCAAUUCUAUUUAAAAGACAAUUUAUUGUAGGCUAAAUAAACUUGACUUUGUUCAAUCUCUAUUUCUUCAAUAAGCCUCAUUCAAAAUAAAUAGUUAGUGAACACACUAAUCUUAUUGAUUUUUUUGCACUGAACACACAAGUCUUGCAGUGCUGUUUAUGUCCUUUUAUGUGGAGAUUGUAUAAACAGCUACAGUGUAUGCCUGUAAUCGGCACCGAUUACUAAUAAAAUGUGGUCUGUUUGGUAUUUAAGCCACACUGUGUGCAUACAGAAACUGUGUGUAAACCCUUGAAUUUAAGUACCUAUGUAGAAGAAGCCAUUAACAUAGGUUCACUUACGUUUUCUAGCCUGCACUAUGGAUUAGGGUUUACAUAGUGUGCUGCGCAACAAAAGACAAACAAUUCAACCGUUUACUAUUAGUGUAGUUAGACUGUGGUUUACUUACCGUAUUUUUUUGCAUUAUAACGCACACUUUAAAUCGACAGUGCACCUUAUUAUAUAAAUUUUACCAGUUUACUGUAAAUACACUGAAGUAUUUUGCUCACCUAAAUAAACAUUUUUUUAGAAAUUACAGUUUUGUUUAUUUAAGUGCCUUAUAAUCUGUUGCGCCUUAUGUAUGAAAAUAGACCAGAAAACAGACAUUCAUUGAUAGUGCGCCUUAUAAUCCAGUUAGGUACUUUAUACUGCAGCUGUCAUAAAAAUAGAGGCAACUUUAGCUUUUGUGUAAACUUUAUUUAAAUUAACCGUUAUGUGAGUCACAUGGAUAAAACAAUGAAACAUCUUAUAAAUAAAAAAUCUUCUCUUAAAUAAAGAGGACAUAUAUUUAAUCUCCAAAGGUUAAAAUCCCUAUGCCUGACUUUUUUAUACAUUGUUAGAAGUAUUCCAGGCCUACAUGUAAAUAACAAUCAGUGGAACACACUCGUACUAAAGUAUCUCUGAGUGAAGGCCUCCUGAGCACAAACAACAAAAAGCAGUCAAAGUGCAAUACCCAAAAACGAAAAAAGCUAAGGAGCAUUAAUGCUACAGUAGGCAGAGUUUAAGGAAAGACGUGACAUGCAAAAAAUUUAAUUGCUUAUAUCUUCUAAACAAAAUCUGGCAACUAUGAUAUUUUGUUUCAUGCAAGUAAACAAACACCACGCUCAUAACAAUAGAAUUAAAGGUGCAAUAUGUAGUAUUAGAAUUUUGUUUGUUCUGUAAAUUAGUACUGUGUAAUAUACAGUACUGUGUUCAAUUCUCUACUGUCCAGGAAAGGAAUUCUACUAGAUUAUGGAGCACAGCUGUGAGAAUCUCUCUCUCUAUCCCUCUCGCACACACCUGGCAUUAGAUAUGGUGAAUAGCUGAGUUUGUGUGUACAUUUGCACUCCUUUGUAAGAACCAGAAUAUUAGAAUGGCCAACCAUAAACAUUUGAACACAGUGUGCACACUAUUUAUAAAAAAGAAUAAUAAUAAAUAAAUAAUUUUUGAUGCCCUAACUAUUUAGUGAAAUGAACCAUCCAGUUAAAACAGUGAUGAGAUAUUUAUAUAAAUGUUACAAAUGAUAAAGCACCUUUAAUUCAGUUUUGAGUGUGGUGUGAAUAAAUACAAAUUAUUUAUUGUUUAUUUUUUUU